AUGUCUCUUUCUAUUAAUUACCUAAAUACUGUAAAAGUCCCAUUUCCCCCAGCCAUUAGUGUAGAUGAAAUCGUACAAAUUCAUUUAAAAAAUGGCAUUAAGAACGUUAACAUAACUAUGAAUCCAUUUAUGAUUUAUCGAAAAGAAUAUAAUCGUGUAGUUGCAAAAUUUAAUCUUUCAAGUAAAGAUGUAUCUAAAUUUGUCAGUAUUUCAUGGCAAAAUGAGCCAGAAGAUGUCAAAGACUAUUACCAACAGAUGGCAAAAAAUGUAAAAGAAUGUUUCAAAAAAAAAGUCCCUUUUUAUUUUUUUAUCAAUAGCUAUCAAGUGCAUAGUAUAAAUGAUAAUCACGUCCCUUCAAGUACCGUUAAUCCUUCCCUUCAUAAUACGAAUCAAAACUUUCCUCCACCUCUUAAUCAGAGUAUAAAUGAUCCUCCACAAAACUUUCUAAAUUCCACUUAUUUUACUUACAAUUUUAACAUUCCACCUUCAAACACGGACCAAAUCGCUAACCAUCCACUUCUUAAUAUAGAACAAGACUCUCAACCAAUCGUAUCUGACAACUUUAAAAAUUAUCAUUAUACUACUAUGGAUGAAGACGAAUUUAUGAACCAUCCACUUCCUAAUAUAGGACAAGACUCUCAACCAAUCGUAUCUGAAGGCGAAUUUAUGAACUAUCCACCACUUAAUAUAAAUGAUCUUCAUGAAUAUAUGGCUAUAGGUGACGAUGAAUUUAUGAACCUUCUUUCUGAAGAUAUGGCAUUAACUUAUAAGGCAAUCAUUCAAUCGUUACCAUUAUAA